AUGGGGUUAAAAUUUAUUUAUUGUUUUUUACUGUGUUUUUUUGUGAUUGAGGCUAUCAAUUUUGUUCGGGCUACAGAAGAUGACGACACUGUUAUUGUGGAAGCUGAGCCCAGCAAAGAAAGCAAACGCAAAAGUCGCCAGCUUUUUCUACAGGGUCCCGCCCUACCCCUGCAUGCUUACGCGCCAUUUUUGGCGAACGAUUACAAAGACGACUGGGCUUCGGUUCCUUUAACCACAACACCCUGUAUAACAAGCAAAGGAGCUUUGGGCAAAUGCACGGGAUUUAGACAGUGCUACCCGUAUUUUAAGCUCCCGGAGUUGAACAAUUGGGAUAGCUGGGUUUUGGGAAUGUACGAUACGUGUAGUUAUUAUACGGCUCAAGGCAGACAGAUGUUCGGUGUAUGUUGUACAAACCCGGUGACGUCAAACGAGCCUGAACCACUUCAAACCACCGAACCAAUCUCAGUCACCGAACCACCAUUAGCCGUAGAACCGGUCGUCCUUGAACCUGAAGAUUUCCCCCAAAACAUAACCGAAUCCGAGGUAAAAGUACCGAACUAUCAAGUAAUCUCGAACUGGCCUCCACCAAUUCCAACUCACCCCCCAGACCACACUAUCCCACCACUCCCAACUCACCCUCCAAGUCCAGGCUACCCCGUCCCCGUUACGGAAAGCUCAUCGGCAUGGCCACCGGUGCAAACCGAAAAACCAACCUACAAACCCAUCUAUAAGCCCACCAGACCAAGCAAACCUCCCACGAGACCAAGCAAACCUCCCACUAAGCCCACAACUACAACCGAGAGUCCAAUCGCGACAGGGGCGUGCGGGGCUAAGAAUGGCUUCCAAGAUCAGGAGAGGAUUGUUGGCGGUCACAACGCCGAUGUCAACGAAUGGCCUUGGAUUGCAGCCCUAUUCAACUCCGGAAGACAAUUUUGCGGUGGAUCAUUGAUCGACGACAUACAUAUUUUAUCCGCAGCCCAUUGCGUAGCCCAUAUGUCUUCGUGGGACGUGGCCAGACUGACUGUAAGACUGGGAGAUCAUAACAUCAAAACCCAAUCAGAAACUCGUCACGUUGAGAAAAAAGUUAGAAGGGUUGUUAGGCAUAGAGGUUUUGACCCUAGGACAUUGUACAAUGAUAUCGCGAUCUUGACCUUGGACAGCCCUGUAGACUUUACUAGGAACAUCAGACCGGUGUGCUUACCGGGAGCUGGAAGAGACUUCGCCGGUCAAACCGGUACUGUGAUAGGUUGGGGCAGUUUAAGAGAAAGUGGCCCUCAACCUGCAGUUUUGCAAGAAGUCAGCAUACCAAUUUGGAGUAACAGCGAUUGCAGGCAAAAAUACGGGCAUGCUGCGCCGGGAGGUAUUGUUGAACACAUGCUUUGCGCAGGACAGGCCAGCCGGGAUUCAUGCAGCGGUGACAGUGGAGGUCCUUUGAUGGUAAAUUCUGGAAGAUGGACACAAGCAGGAAUUGUUUCGUGGGGCAUUGGUUGUGGUAAAGGUCAAUAUCCAGGGGUGUACACGAGGGUAGAAAAAUUCAUGCCCUGGAUCACCAAAAAUUUGAAAAAAUAA